AUGUCGUUCCGGCCGAUGUUGAACCAGCGGGCUGUGGCUCCAAUCGCAGCCACCCUCCUCGCUGGAAGCAUGGCUCUGUACCCCAAGCAGACCGCCUUUGCUGAGGAGCCUCGAGAGAGGAAACCCAUUUACGACGACUUCCCAUCUAGCAUCCCCGAACCCUCCAAGCCUACGCCCGCCCCCGAGCCCGAGACUCCGGCUCCCCUGACCCAGACUCUCUCACUGGCGCCGUUGCAAUCAAAGCCCUCUUCGCCGACUCCGACAGACAUCCUAACCGCUCAGAUCCGGCAAGCCCGUCUCUUCCUCUACUCGAACUCCCUUGCUGCGGAGAACGGCUUCAACGACUUCCUGUCCCGGGCCUUGCACAUCGAGAAUGCCUUCACCAACACAGUUGCGUCGCUCGCUCCUGCUCCCGAGUCUGGUGAGCGCCUCACCCCCGGCGGUAUCUACGUCGUCGUUGCCGCCAUGGCCGGCUCCAUCGUAUCACGCAACCGCGGCAUUUUCCUCCGCUCCUUGUCUCCUCUCGCUUUUGGUACAGUUGCUGCCUGGACUCUUCUGCCCGUGACCAUGCGGAAUGUCUCCGAUCUGGCCUGGGAAUACGAGAAGAAGUUCCCCGCCGUUGCGAACCAGCACCUUGCUGCUCGAGAGCGGGCGGAGCACAUCUGGUACACCGGUAUUGCGCACAGCGGUAUGGCUCGCCAGAUGAUGGAGGAUAAGAUCGGCGAGGCCCGGAAGAAGCUGGAGCAGCUGGUCAGCAAGGGUCACUAG